AUGUGUGCCUUGGGGUUUGAUCAAAGAUGGAUUUCCUGGGUUAUGAAGUGUGUUUCAUCGGUGACGUAUUCGGUUUUGAUUAAUGAUCAACCUCAUGGAAUGAUUACACCUCAAAGGGGACUCCGUCAAGGCGAUCCUUUGUCCCCUUUCCUGUUUGUCUUAUGUACGGAAGGCCUCGUUCAUCUUAUGUCCAGAGCAGAACGUGAGGGGCGUAUUAUGGGAAUGAAGUUUGGUGUUCAUGGACCUUCGAUAAAUCAUCUGCUGUUUGCAGAUGAUUCUCUAUUUUCGUGCAAGGCAAACGAGGUCGAAAGCUUGGAGUUAUUGUCGAUCCUAAACCAUUAUGGAAAGGCCACAGGACAGGUGAUCAAUCAUGCCAAAUCCUCUAUCAUUUUUGGGAAAAUAGUAAAGAAGGAAGCCAAAAUCAAGGUCAAAGAAUGUUUGGGGAUCAAAAAAGAGGGAGGAGAAGCAAAGUACUUAGGCCUGCCAGAAGUUUUAAAAGGUUCUAAAGUCAAGCAUUUCUCAUAUAUUAAAGAACGGCUGUGUAAGAAAAUCUCUGGUUGGCAUGCGAGAACCCUAUACCAAGGAGGCAAAGAGGUAUUGAUUAAGGCUGUCGCCUCUGCUCUUCCUAUGGCUGCUAUGUCGGUUUUUAAACUUCCCAAAACCCUUAUAGCAAGUCUUCAUAGCGCCAUGGCGAAUUUCUGGUGGUUUUCAGAGGAGCAUAAGAGAAAGAUACACUGGUUGAGUUGGGAUAAAUUGUGUCUGCCUAAGGAGCAGGGGGAAUGGGGUUCAGAGACCUUGAGUGCUUUAAUCAGGACGCAGACCGUCGUAUGCUUGGAGAAGCAUCAUCUUUGGCAGGAACCUCUUAAAGCAAGACCCCCGUUAAGAAGACGGAGACUCUUUAAUGUGAAUCUAAAAGUGGCAGAUGUGAUUAACCAUCAAACGGGAAGAUGGGAUGAAAGAAUAAUGGAAGAGAUCUUUGUUCCUGGUGACAUAGCGAUCUUGAGAAGAAAUCAACCUGUGUCCUUGGAGAAAGAUUCUUGGAAUCGUCACAAGGAAUUGAUUGGAGAGCAGUCUGCUUGCCCAUCAAUUAAUCCUCUCAAGGAAGAUGUUUGGAAACUUCUUACUCCAUCUAAGAUUAAAGGUUUUAUAUGGAAAGCUCUUUCAGGAGCAAUUGCUGUUUUCGAUCGUCUGCAGGAUAGAGGCUUGAAAUCUGAUCUUGUUUGCCAAACGUGUGGAGCAGAUGGAGAAUCAGUGAACCAUGUUUUGUUUCAGUGUACUUUUGCAAGACAGUAUCUAUGGAAAAACAGAAAUGCUCUGCUGUUUGAAGGUGCUCUUUUCCCUAGUGAUCAGAUUUGUAGUAAAGCUUCUGAGGAAGCUGAUUUAUGGUAUGUUGCACAGGAUAUGGAUGGAAGAUGCUUCGGGGCUCAUAGGGAGCCUACUUUUAUGGAAGCGGCUGAAUGGAAAGCUCUCCCAAGAGAUGUGUUAAAAUGUAAUGUUGGGGUGGUGUGGGGGAAGAAAAAGAAAAUUGCUGGUGCUGCGUGUGUUUUGAGGGACGCAAGAGGAGAUGUUCUCCUUCAUAGUCGCCGAUCUUUUGCUCAGAUUGAUUCAAAAGAUCAUGCUCAGUACCUAGGUUUGGUCUAG